GGAGUUGACCACCGCAGUCCUCUUUACCUUCGUGGCACCGGAGCUACCUCUGGACGAAACUUCAACCCUGGCGGUUCGGACGGAAUUCACGUUGAGUCAACGGGCAGUCCCUCGAACGCGCUGCACAAGCAGCACUCAACAUCGUCGUCGGAUGUCCUCAUAACACAGAUGGCAGCAAUCGAGUUGCGCUCUGCCCUUUCGUGUCGAACACUCUUGUCGCUUGUCGAACGCUUCUUGUCAGGGUUGAUCGCUUUCGCGAUAACUAGAAAAUGGGCUGACCGCGAUUUGUGA